AUAUAAAUCUAAGUGUAGCUGAUGAAAUCUAACCAACCACACAGAGCGAAAAAAUCACGUACAAGAUCAUGUCUUGUGGACUACCUUUGUAAACUAUUCACACAAUAUAAACAACACCAUUGACAACAAAAGCUGACUUCCAAAGCUCUCUCUCUCUCUCUCUCUCUCUCUCUCUGUAAGUAGUGUUUUGUUUAGCUGGCAACAAAAAUGGAAGGAGAGAAGGGAUACAAAAAAGGGUUGUGGACAGUGGAGGAAGACAGAAUUCUCAUGGACUACAUUACACUGCAUGGUAAAGGAAGAUGGAAUCGUGUCGCUAAGAUCACAGGAUUGAAGAGGUGUGGCAAGAGUUGCAGAUUAAGAUGGCUUAAUUAUCUAAGUCCAAGCGUUAAACAUGGCAAUUUUUCAGAGGAAGAAGAUGACCUCAUCAUCCGACUUCACAAACUCCUUGGAAACAGGUGGUCUUUGAUUGCUGGAAGAGUUCCGGGACGCACCGAUAACCAAGUAAAGAACCACUGGAACACUCAUUUGAGCAAGAAGCUCGGAAUCAGGAAGGGAAGAAGCAAGACUGGAAAUUCUUCACGAACAAAAAUCUCUACAAAAGUAUCAGAAAAUGUAAAUGUCGCCAUAGAUGCAAAUUCGAAGCCAAAUUAUGAUUGCAAUGUCGAAGCCGAGGACCAAAAGGCCAUCCAAGAUGGUUCCCAGAGCAAUGUUGGGUUAUUUGAGGUAGAAGAGCCCAUGCUGAAUGAGUAUUGCCAAAGCCCUUUUUGGUUUUCUAAUAUUUUACAUAGCCCUAGUUUAAUUGGAAUCUUGGAUCAGUAUUCUCCUGAUUCUGUUUGGCAUGGCUUGUAGACUGAAUUAUUUAUUUAUUUUUAAUUUUUGAAGUCGUUUAUUCUCUCCAACAGAGUAUUUAUUGG